GGUGUUGGGAAACUUGCACCUUUGCCUUGAAUUUCUUUUGACCGAACUGCAUUAUUAAAGCUGCGCCGUGGGAGCGCUGAUCUGAACUUGUGAAGCCCUGAUUAUGGAGCCAUUUGUUACCAAUUCUUAAUAUGCACUCAAGCCAAACAUGACAUUCAGCUGACCUGAGGCUCUUGACAAUUGUUGGUCGCAUAACCGAGAAAUGCCCCCAGCAAAGGACGGGAAGGAGGGAUUUCUCUCUAAUCUUCUUAGCAAACUGGGCAAAAAGAAGAAGCCUAAAGCGGAUAAGGCAGCGGAGGUCCUCGCGCCCGCUGCGGACCCACCAAAGCCAGCAAUCCAGCCAACGCAGGCAGUGCCGCCUGUGCCUGCAGCGGAUGCGGGCGCGAAACUUGAGCCAGAUACGGAUGCUGCUGGACUCAAACUGGCUGGCCCGUCUCAGCCUGACUCAAGCGGCCAUGGCCAUGCGCCAAAUGACUCGUCGGUUGUGCCUCCUGCGGUCGCGCAUGACAAGUUGCUCGCGGCGCUGGAGUCUCGAAAUCCCACCGAUCCUAUUGGCAACAGCAACCCGGGCGGCAACAGUGGCGCGCGCGUGGGCACCUUCAACGCGGCGGACCUGGCGGGUGUGCUGUUCGCGCAGCGCACCAACACGCAGACCUCCAACACGGGCGGGGGCUUGGGCCUGGGCAUGGUGCUCCCGGCGCGCAUGGCAGACGCCAUGUCCUCAACCGUCAACUCAGCCGAGGUGCCGCAACACCGGCAGCAGGCGCUGCUGGAAGACGCGACGCGCGGCUCGUACAUCCCCUCCACCGUCGGCCCCAUGCUGAGCCAUGCGCAAAACACGCAGGACAGCAACACCGUCAACAGCAACACUCAAAAUCUGCAGGACAUACUGUACGGGGACUAUGACGCCCUGGAUCGGAGCCAGGGCCGGCCGUCGGCGCCGCUGGGUUCGGCGCCCCUGGGUUCAGCAGGCGUGAGCCGGUCGCUGCGGCCACCUUUGGGGCAGUCACUGCUGGGCAUGCCGGGGCCGGGGGGCUCCGGGGGGCCGCACGCGGCGCACGCGCAGACCACAACACAGUUGCAGGAGCUAUCUGACAUGCAACAGCAGGGUCAGGGCCACACAUUACACCCGACCACCAGUUCCCUGGCGGUGCCCGGCAGCCACCCGCCCGGCAACGCGGCGGCAGCUGCUCUGGCCGCCGCGGGUCAAGUACAGACCCGCUCCGCGCCACUGGUCCACGUCCCGCCGGAGCAGCAGGUGCAGCACCUGGAGCAGGUGCUGGAGGCGCAGCAGGCCCCGGCGCCCUCCGCGGCGCAAACGAGCCAGCACGGAGGCAUGGUGGACGGCGGCCGAGGGCAGCGCACUUCGGACCCGCACACGCGGCCGCCAUUUCCUGUUGGCGCGGCGUCUGCCGACCUGCCAAACCUGCCGGCUGCUACGGAAGCGCAGGCGGCGGCGCCAGGUGAUACGGCGCAACCGCCGCACAACGGCGUGCCCAGCGCUGCGGUUGCGGCCGUGGCCAACGGCGCACACGCCAGCCGUUCGGUUGCGGUGGAGCCGGUUAACGUCAGCUCGCCACAGGGUAAGGUGCCGGCAACAGAGGCGCCACCAGGCCCAGCGGCGGGCCCGGCGCGGCCGGAUGCGCCCGGCACGCAGCCACAUUCCCAUCAGCAGCAGCAGCAGCAGCGGCAGGCUGCACCUGUUGCUAAGGAACAUGGGACCGUGGACGCCGGAGCUGCACCUGCGUCAGUGGCUGCGCAACCGAGUGCUGCAGCGGCUUCUAGUGCUAUGGCGCGGCCAGCCGCCCCGCCGCUGGCAUUUCGAAACACGGGCGCCAUGCCGGGCACCCUAGCCUCCUUUGGGCCGCUCCCACCCAUCCACAGCACGCCCGCUCCGCCGCCGCCCGCGCCCGUGUCCACGCUGCCCAACUCGCUUGCGCCCGCGCCGCUGCCGAGCUACCAGCAGACGACGCACGUGCCGUCGGGUGUGCACGGUGACCAGCCCGUGCCGCUCAGCCGGCCCAUGAAGCUGACCACGGCCUGCCUGGGCGCACACACGACGCUGUGCGACAGCGCCGCCGACCAGAGCUUCCAGAAAGCCAUGCAGCGCAAGAUGCAGAUGGUGUUCAAGUGGCUGCAAGCCUCCGACCUCGACGCGCCGCCCGACCCCAGGCUGGAGAUCCCGCUGCCGCCGCAGCCCGAGGGCGGUGCCGUGGCAGACGCAGCGGCGGUACAAGGGACGGCCACCGCGGUGUCGCCAGGGGCUGCUACGCGGGACGGCGCACAGGCAGGAGCGAGUGCGGCAGCCGCACCAGCACACAUCCUGACGGAUGGCCCGGUGCCGUUGACGGAAGCGGCGAUGGCGGCCCACAUGGCGGGCGGCGGCAAGCCCGGCGUGCCCCCGCACCACCCCUACCAUAUGCCCUCACCCCAGCAGCUUGCAGUGGCGGCGCAGCCGCAACCGCAGCCGCAGCCGCACCAACCACAACCGGCGCCGCAGCAGGCACAGCUCACGUCAGCUCCCGGACCUGGACCCGCGCAGUUCGCACAUGCACCGCAAGCGGGCCCCCGGCACGCCGCUGACGUGCACCAGCACACAGCGCUGCACAAGCACGCGGCGGCUGCGGCCUCGGCACCCGUGGCCCCCGCGGUCGUACCUGCGCAACUGGCCAGCGCCCCCGCUGGUGCAGGCCACAUCCUCUCCUCCGGCCCCCCUCAGCAGCCGCAACAGCAGCCGCACGACCCGCAGGGCGCCCACACAGUGGCGGCGACGCUUGAGCAGCCCGGCCUGUCGGGCGGCGGCGACCGCGGCCAGCACCGCAACGUGCCGCCGUCGUCCUCACCCCAGGCCGUCAAUCGCAUACCCGGCGGCAACGACGUCAGCGCCAGCGCCACUGUUGCCGCGCAGGCGCUCGGGCUGCCGGAUGCUAUGCUGCAGCACAGCCUGUCAGAUCUGUACGCCAGCGGGCAGGCGGGCCUGGGCACAAACAUGCCGCAGCGCGUGCUGCAGGGCAGUGACGACGCAUUCGCGGCAGGGCCGGGCGCAGCUGCCGUCGCUGCAGCUGCUGCUGCCGCCGCAGCCGCGGCGGCCGCGGGCGUGUCUGGCGGGGGGGCGCCGGCGGCGGUUGGUGGGAUUGGCUCGGCGAACUCGUUCAAGGGCAGUGGGGGCGGCCAGCAGGCCGUCAUCUCGGGCAGCCGAGACGGGCUUGUGUCUGCGGGCGGCGUGCGGCACACGUCCGGCCACGCGCCGCCGGCGCGCACGAAGACCAUCGCCGUGGCCAGCCACUGCCCUGCGGAGCUGCAGCCCUCGCCGCCGUCCGCCUCCUGGACCAUCGAUGACUUCCACCUGUUGAAGAAGCUGUAUGAGGGCAGCCUGUCGGUGGUGUGCCAGGCGCAGCACCGGCGCAGCGGGCGGCACGUGGCGCUCAAGAUCUACAAGCGCUCGCGGCUGCACGAGAUGGAGCGGUUCCAGCUGGCUCGUGAGAUCUGCCUGCACAUCCGCAUCGUGCACCCCUACGUGGUGGCGCUGUACGCGGCGUGGAAGGACUCCAAAUACGUCUACCUGGCGCUGGAGUGGGCGCCGCAGGGCAACAUGUUUGACUUCCUGGUGUCUCGCGGCGGGCGGCUGGGCGAGGAGGAGGCGGCGCGCGUGGUAAUGAAGCCGCUCAUGGGCGCGCUGGCCUUCCUACACAGCCAGAGCUUCCUGCACAGGGAUGUGAAGCUGGAGAACCUGCUGCUGGACGCCUCCUGCAACCUCAAGCUGGCGGACUUCGGACUGGCCAUCGACCAGAAGUUCGAGCAGGCAAACACGCGGCUAGGCACGUUCGGCUACUUCGCGCCGGAGGUGCUGGACUGCCCGCUGAAGAAGGGCCCCUUCGACCUAAAGGACACGUCUGUGCCCGGCUACGACAGCCGUGUGGACGUGUGGAGCGCGGGCGUGGUGGGCUACGAGGUGCUGACGGGGCGGGCGCCCUUCAGCGCCUCCUCGCCCGCCAAGAUCAUUCAGGCAAUCCGCACGCGUGUGCUGGAGUUUCCGGGUGUGAGCGAGGACGGCAAGGACUUUCUGCGCCAGGCGCUCACACGAGACCCCGCGCUGCGCCCCACCGCCAAGCAGAUGCUGGCACACCCCUGGAUCCUGCGGCACUGCGGCGGCGCCGCCGCGGCUGCGGCCGCAGCGGCGUCAGCGCUCAGCACCGUGCCGCCGCCGCUGAUGCCGCUCCCUGCGGCGGAUACGCAGGGGUCCGGCGGCGCGGCGUCCAGGCACACUGGCGGCAGCGGCGGAGUGGCAAGCGGGGGGCCGGGUGCAGCAAGUGCACCGGCGGCAGCGGUCAAUGGCGGCGCCCCGCAAGGGGUAGAGGUGGAGGCUGGAGGCGUCAUUCGGCAAUAAACCGGGGCGGACGCCAGGUGCAUUCUCUCUGCAUGUCACGGAGGGUACUAUGUCCCUGCUGUCUUUAAGCAAAUAUUAGGUCAUACGUUGAUUAAGGGGGUGAGUACUUGUGUGGCGCAGGCGCGCUGCUCCACGUAGGUUGGAUAGAGGCGCCGCAGAAUUGGGCCAUCCCCAAGAAACGUAUCCAUGCGUGGUGGGCCGCCUGCACAGUGCAUCGCACUGAUCUGUGGCGGGGGAAUGCUGGCACGACACUCCGGUGUACUGCGUUAUGCAAGUUUGGUGCCGACGAACGCACGCACGCGCGCACGGACGGACAGGGUGUUCCUGGGGGGCUUCGCCCCCCUGAAUCGUUGCGCUCCGGGGGCUCACCCGAGAAUGUAUCGAGAAAGUGCAUGAAGGUUACAAGGCGCGACGAUAGUCCUGGCGCUUUCCUACGUCCGUUGCCGACAUUUCCGUUGACAAGCACUGACGGUAUCGUGACGAGUACGCCCUGCUCAUGAGCCACCCUAGCCGUUCACUGUGGCGCUUGGGAUUGGUGCGCAGUAGGCGCCGCACGCAAUGCGAGUGAGGAUCAUUCUCGUUUCUUGGUUUCAAGUGCGUUACAGUAUUUGUGGAACUCUCAUGCCGUGAUUGAAGUUGUGACGCUCUGCCCCCCCGUCAUGUGGAGCAGCUGAGGGAGCAUACGGGUGUCAAGUCUGCAGUGCCAAAUCAGUUCCGUAGUUGUUUGGUUCCUACAGCUGAGAAAUGGCAUGGGUCAUAGUACUGUGCAUGUCAGGACCUCUACUGCCGCGCAAGGCGGCCCCAUAGGGAGUACUCACUGCUCCAAAGCGGAGGCGGUCGGGCUGUUUGGGACAUUCGUUGCGGACGAUGAAAUU